ACCCGAAUCUGCGCUGCCGCCUGCGUGCGGCUCAGCGGAGAGACGCUCCCGGUGCGUUGUGCCGAAGGCCCUCGGCAGCAGGGAGAGCGCCCGCCGCCUGGGUUUCUCGUGGAGGUAAUAGAGCUAUAAGGGGGGGGGGAAGACUUGUCUCCACAACUUGCUUUACACUAUCUUUUGGCACAAUGGACACUUGGUAAGAGUUUUGCCAGUAAUCAAAAAUCAUCUAGGAACAGGAACAUUGGACUUCGAGUAAGAGGCUUUAAGGAGCUCCUCAGAAUCAGUCACUUACAAAACCUGGUUUAACCCUGCAGCCUGGGAAUGAAUACUAUCGAGACCGCAAAACUUGAAGACCAUAUGGAGGGUCAAAACAAUGACUCUGCUAAUGGAUACACACGCCCUACUCUCUCAGUCAGCGAGGAGAACAAAAAUGGCAAUAACAAACCGAAGGCCUUGUCGAAUGGCUUGCGAAAAUCUGCAAAGAAAUAUCCUGAUUACAUCCAGAUUGCUAUGCCUGCUGAAUCCAGGAACAAAUUUCCUCUGGAAUGGUGGAAAACAGGCAUUGCCUUUGUCUAUGCUCUCUUCAACUUGAUUUUAACAACUGUCAUGAUCACUGUGGUCCAUGAGAGAGUACCUCCAAAAGAGCGGAGCCCUCCCUUGCCUGACAAAUUUUUUGAUUAUAUUGAUCGUGUGACGUGGGCUUUUUCUGUAUCAGAAAUAAAUGGAAUGAUACUAGUCGGACUGUGGAUAUUCCAAUGGUUAUUUCUUAGAUAUAAAUCAAUUGUGGGACGCAGGUUUUUUUUUAUAAUAGGAACUUUGUACCUGUACCGCUGCAUUACUAUGUAUGUUACCACCUUACCUGUGCCUGGAAUGCAUUUUCAGUGCGCGCCAAAGUUGAAUGGAGAUUCUCAGGCAAAGGUACAGAGGAUCCUGCGACUGAUAUCUGGUGGUGGUCUAUCCAUAACUGGAUCUCACAUCUUGUGUGGAGACUUCCUGUUCAGUGGUCACACUGUAGUACUGACACUGAUCUACCUGUUCAUCAAAGAGUAUUCGCCACGUCAUUUCUGGUGGUAUCACUUAAUUUGCUGGCUGAUGAGUGCUGCUGGCAUAAUUUGUAUUCUUGUUGCUCAUGAACAUUACACUGUAGAUGUCAUCAUUGCUUACUAUAUCACUACACGACUCUUCUGGUGGUACCACUCGAUGGCUAAUGAAAAGACUCUAAAGGUUUCUUCGCAGACAAAUUUUCUCUCUCGAGCUUGGUGGUAUCCAAUAUUUUAUUUCUUUGAGAAGAACGUGCAAGGAUCUGUUCCUUGCAGCUUCUCCUGGCCAAUAUCGUGGCCUCCCAGCUGCUUCAAAUCUUCAUGCAAAAAGUAUUCACGGGUUCAGAAAACAGGAGAAGACAAUGAGAAAUCUACCUGAAGAAAAGAAAAGCAUCUGCUCUGUUUUUGUACCAAAAUAUUAAUGCUGUAACCAAAGUUCUCAAGAGGACUAUAUUGUAACUGAAGAAGUGGACCAAACGGCUGUGCAAUUGAUUGGAAAUAAAUUGUAGACAUGUAUAUUGCCAUUUCAUAUUAUUUUGUGAUCACAUGGUGCAGUGUGAUGUGCUAAUAGAAGGCACUGCUGAUGGGAUUUUUCCUUACAGAAUAUGGAGCAGGACUUUGCUUUACAAAUGAGAUAGAGGUGCCAAAGACCUUAUUAACACUUUGGUUGCUAACUAUCACUUGUCCCCAGAUGCACCCAAAAAUCUCAUCCUUAGAGUUCUGGAGUGUAAGGGCCAAACCAUGCUAAAAUAUAGAAGCAUGAUAUCGAUGUAUUGAAGUAUACAAAAGAGCACACAGUUGUGGGAAGUGGUUUGUUGCAUUAUCCUUGCUAAUGAAGGUAAGACCUUUGUGUGACUAGUACAGCUUGGAAGCAAGUCUUGACUUCUUUUUUUACAUUCUGUGGGUAUGGCUAUCUUAUGACCCUAAAAUACUGCUACCACUACCUUCAAUAUAUUGUAUGAUGUACCAAUUUUUACAUUUUUAUUAGUAUUUUAUAUUUAAACUGUUGUGCUACCUGAUGACUUUGCAAAUUAGGAAUAGCUGCUAACAUCAGAGCUCAAGGAGCCUAGAACUUUAUUUUUUAAAAAGGGCACAGUUUCCAAGUCUAAAUCUUUAACUGCAGUUUGGCCUUGCAUCUGUAGCUAUGCAGUGACUGCAUACGCAUACAGAAGCACAUGCUGAUGUGUAGGAAGACAUGUUAAACAAAACUACUUAACUGAAAAAGAGUGCUCAUACUGUUCUUAAUUCAGGCAAAAGUCCCAUUGAUCUCAUCUGCUUGAGAGACCAGAUCUGGAAUGGGGCUGUAUUUAAAAUAAACUUUUAGUAGCUAUUUCCUGUUGAAACUACAUAGCAAGUUUCCUUGGGGGCCAUAGUUCUGCAUUUAAUUUGGUUUUUCUACCUUUUGAUGCAUUUUUGUGAUUUAAUUAAAAAAAAAAAAAGCCAAGGUAAAUACCUACAACAGAAGCAUUUCUUCAGUUAAUAUGUAAAACCAUUUGGGAUUGCAUUUCACUGUGGUAUAACUCCAAGUGCAAAUUCUUUUUUUUUUUGUCCUGGUUUCAGUUCAAUUAGGAUGGUUAUAUAUGCAUGUUGGCUGAGAAUGUAAGAAGCUACCAGUGUAAACAUGUAACACAGAUGCCAAUUAACAACUACCUGGUUCUUGUUGUUUUUCAUUGCUUUGUAUUGUUGAGAAAGCAAACUAGAAAACCAACAUACUAUCUUUACCAGUUCAUUUCCGCAGUUAAUUGUUUUUUUCCCAAGUCUUCAAGUUAAGCCUGAUAGCAGAGCAAAAGCUGCAUUAAGAGUUGAAAUUAUACUGGUAUAAAGGAAAUAGUGUUUAUUUUAAGUGUCUUGAAUUGAGUGACAAGUAUGAACAUAGUUUAUGAGAACUUGUUUUUAAAAUAGUGCAGUUAAAGUAUUUAAAUGCAAUACAGAUUAUUCAAAUAUAUAUUUUGUUUUAGUUAAGGGGAUCAAUAACUAAGUUGUACAUUAGAAUGUUAAUGUUCUUCUCAAAUUUUUGUGCAUUAUCGAAGUACAAUACAAUAAAAAACAUGUUCCUUACAGUACAUCCUUGGUAAAAACUUAGCUAAGAAAGACAUUCUGCUCAUGUUUGUUUGUUUGUUUUAUUUUAAAUAAGCUGCUCACAGUUUUCAAAUAUGCCUCGAAUUUGUGUGUGUAAACAUGGCUGUGUUUUUGCUUGCUUCUGGCACAACUUGAGUAACUUAAAGGCUGGUAUCAAAACACUUCCAUGAGAGUACAAAUGAGUUAGUUCAAUGAGAGACUAUACAUUUCACAAGAUGGUGUUAUAUCAGUGUAACUUCACAGAGCAUGACAUUUUCUGAAGCUGAAUACUGGCUUUGAUAUCUUAAAUAUGUUCAACUUAAGACAGCCUAGAAGUCAUGAAUGGAUUUCACUGCUGUUACCUGUGCCUUGAAAAUAACGUGAGGUAAAGCAUUUCUGUAAGGAGCUUAAGCAGUGAUAUUCAUCUGGUGGCUGAAUAAUAAAUACCUGAGUAGUGUAGAUAACUAAUUGCACAGCCACUGCUGUGGGAUUUCUGUAGUCUAUCUGCCAACUAGGAUUUCUUCAUGCAGGAUUAGAUGGGUUUUCCUGUUGCAAUGAGGGAAAACGUGGAAGAAGAAAAAUGGAACAAAGUAAAAUUUUGCUUUUGUUGGUAAGCGUGAGCUUUUCAUUCUGCUGCUGACUUUGAUAGAAACUUCUGUUGUAAUGCAGAAGAGAAGUAAAUGACAACCCUAGCUCAAAGUACUUGAUUCCUGUUCUAGCUCAGUUUCACUUCAGGUGCUUAACUUCACUGCACUGUAUCAAAUGCCUCCAAAAGGGUGUGUGCUUACUUUACGAUUAAAAAAAAAUUCCUCUAAUAUCUUUAUAGCUUUAAAUUGUUUUUGCAAACAUAGUGCAGAUGUGCUUGAGGACUUUUUAUGCCUAUGUAUAUAUGGUGAUGAAGUAGGGUAAGUAAUUACUUGAUAGUGCUUAAGGCUGUAGUAGUCUAUCCAAUACAAAACAGCUGGUAAAUAAAAGUUAUUUUAAGAACUUGGAGAUCAUCACAUACAGAUUCUGUGAAGCAGAAAAUAAGAUUUCCUCUUAGGAGGGAAAAGGAUUGCAGUGAGUGAAAACAGAAGAAGAUUUGGAUUAUCUUAAUGUACCAGACGCUUGACUAUAAGCCUGUUUCGGGCUGUGAAGGCCCACUGUUUUUCGUUAUGUCUUUAUAAGUAUCUUUCCUGGAGUUAUGAUGAUCUCUUACAGAUGUCACGAGCUGCAGCUGUACUGGGACGAAAUAAAAUGUUCCUUCUCUCUACUGAAGAGCAUCUACAUGUUGAACUAUGUAGGCACUUUAAAAACGAAACAAAAAGCUACAGUUUGCUUCUGUCAUAUCAGUAUGAUUUGAAUGCUGUUGGGUGCUCUGCAUUUACGAAUCAAACUUCUGGGAAUGCUUAACUUAAAAACCAGGAUUUCUUAAAUUCAAAUACCGAGCUGGGAUUUAAAAGGUUAACUCCAGUAUAUCAAGAAAUGAGUUGCUAUGUGGUAGUGCUGCAGAUGCUGAUUUCCAAGAGAAUGCGCCAGCCAGAAAUGAUGAGCGCACUUGGAAGCACUUUAACCUGACAUUUCUGUGUGCUUAGCGCUCCCGUGUGGACGCAUAUGUUAAUCAUUGCUAGUCAUUCUCCGUUGCUGUUUUCUUGGAAAGAUAGCUGCAGCUGGGCUAGUAACAGAAAGCUGUGCUAAGCAUUGCUAUGAACUCUAGCAUCGGUUUUCCUCCUUCCUCCCCAGCCCCACUUUUUUUCUUUUUUUUUAAGAGGGGAGGGGAAGACUUUAAAACGUUGGAAACCUUCACGUAAUUGAGAAACAAAGCUCUAUUAGUAAAGACAGAACUAAGAGGGUAUCUUAGGACACGAGAGAGAAUUCUUUUAAGAGGAUUUGGAGUAAUCUCAUUAUCUGUUUCUUAAAUCUGAAUCUGUUCAAACUUUCACCCGUUGUUAGUGUCUGGCUAGACAAUUUAUCCUGCAAAAGUCUGGUACCAGACCAAAUCCCUUGUCCUGUUUCAUUAGACAUGAAGUAUGAUUUAUGAUUCUGAGAUUAGAUUCAUUCAUUUUCAGUGCAAGGUGAAGUCUUCCACUUCAGCUUGUGGGAAGGUUCCUUCAAGCUUUUUCUUACUAAAACUAUCUUAAAGAUUCAGAGGGUAUAAUCUUAAAUACUUGCUCAGUAUAUUAGAUGUGAGCAAAUGUUUGGAACUGGUUUUCACUACUGGGUGACUUCAGAGAUGUAGAGCUCUGUGCUCGUCUUUAUUUUCCUUAGUGUUUUGAACUCAGCUAGGAGUCUCCUACAGAUGCACAACACUAAAAUGAUCUGUGAGAGUAAACAUUUCUUGUGUUCUAGACCAGGCACUAAAACUAGUGUGAUUAAAGUUCAGUUUCUGGAGGGGGGAGAAAAAGAAGAAUUUUGAAGAAAGUUACUUCUGCUGACCAUUAUUCCAAAUGGCUGUCACUGCUUAAGAAUACUUUAAAAUAUCUCUGUGUGCCACUGAAGUAAUUUUGCUUGUACAUCAAGCUUUUUCUGUUACUUUAUGAUGCUUCCCAGUGCAAGGUGUAAUAGUGCCAAGAUGCUGAGAAUGGGCGCCAAUGAAAAAAGAGAAAACUUAUGAAAAGGACUAAAAAGGGGAACAUCUGUAAAGACAGUUCUCAUUCAACACUGUGUCUGAGCUGGUGUCAUUUCAAGCAUGUGAGUUGCGCUAGAAGUGAAUGUGCCUGCAUAUUUUAGACCCUGUUAGAGGAGAGCAGGAACGCUGAGAACACAAUGGGGAAUUUUAUCUCCCCGCUUACACGUAAUUGCGUUGGUGAAUUUUAUAUGUAUGGCAUUUAAGCAGAAUUUUGAAACUUCAACACAUCUUGCACCUUGGGUGGAGUGUCAGGGCUUCUUUAUUUCUGGUUUUGUUAUUUUUAGCUGGUUUUACAUUCCAAUUUUUCAUAGUUUGUGGCCAUUCAAAAUGGUGCUUAAGUGUAGCGUAGGCUGCCUUGUGCUUCUGUCUUCUGCUUCUGUUGCUUUCUAAGUAGCUUGAUGCUGAGUAACAUAAUAGACAUUUUAAGAAGGCUCCAAAAUUAACAAUAAAGCCAAAAGAUAUUGUUGUCAGACACACACCUGCACUACUCGAAGUUACUUCCAGGUGCAAAAUCUAACAUCCUAGGGAGUGCUUGUUUCUUUGCAUCAGAAAUCACUUGCAUUGAGAAAUUCUUGCUCUGUGAAUGUUUUAUGGAUAUAUAGAUAUAUUUUUUAAUGUUCUGACUUAAGAUAGCAUGUUUCAGGUAUGAUAAAGAUGAGGUCUGGUUGUUUUGUUGAGAUCAGGGUUGCAGCCAGAAGCCUGAAAGCAAGAGAAAUAGUUUGCUGAUGGCUGCAGUUCUUGCUGUUUCCAUGUGACUUUGAGGAGAACUCCAGAGGCUUAAGCAGGACAUUCCUUUCAACUGCAAUGUGGUUUUCAUUCUCAUCAACCAGCAGCUUUUCUGGCAUCAUUUUUUCCUAGGUUGAAAACAAGAGUGCUGUGGUUCGUGCAUGCUAAGGAGCUAAUGUAUGGCCUUUUUCUUUUUUUCCUUGCAGUUUUGGGGUUCAGUUCCGCACUUGCUGUACAGCAUAACAUUUCUUUAACAAAUGGUACUACUUUAGGCCUCGUGUGCUGUAGUUUUUACUGAUAGUUGCCAGCUGGAGCUCCUUUUCUUGUGAUUUAUUCACAAUUAGCAAGAGUUGGCUCUUAAACUGUAAAAUGUUGAGAACAUUAUGAUGCUUCCUAGCACGUCAACUAUUUUUUGUCAAGUAGAUGACAACUUAGUGUUGUAGUUUGCUGUACACCACGAGAUACUGGUGUUGUGAUUUGUAAGACAUUGCAAUCUAUGUUCACUGUAUAUUUAAAAAAAAAAAAAAUGCACUGGCUGUAAUUAAAAAAAAAAAAGCAAUAAUGUAAGCAGCUUAUAGCUUAUAUCAUAAAAGGUGCUAUCUGUCAUGAUCACUUGCAUUGUUGACCAUGAAUUUGGUGAAAAUGUCAAAGAAAUUUGUUCUGUGCGGUUUGCUCACUUGGCACGAAGAAGUUGAAACUUUAUGGUCAAUGUAUGUACUAAAGAAAUGAAAUUCUUGGGACUACUUACACAACCACAUUCAUCUUAAAAAAUACAUAUAUAUCAGAAACUAUGUCCAUCUAUGGUGCUAAUAAUCUCAAAAAUUAUCAAGAGCUGGUAUUCUCUUAUUGCCCAUGAACACUAAGCUGAGCUGUUUUGACACCUUUUUCAAUAAAGCAAUUUCUCUAUAUUUUAA